AUGAACGAACUCCCAACCGAAAUCUAUCUGCACAUCUCAGGCUGGCUCACGGUCCGAGAACUGGCGAGGCUGAACCAAUGUAGUAGGAUUAUCAACAACAGAUGGGAAUCCCAUUUACUAUCUAUGCCCGUGGCUAGGGACCAAUUGAUGUACUGGGGCUGCUGCCGCGGGCAAAUAUGGGCUAUCCAGAAAGCUAUCUCAUACGGUGCCGAUGUGAGUGCCGUUGGGAUGUGGUCAAACUUCGAGAUCGCAGAAAAUCCGGUUGGUUUGACUUGUCUGAAUCUGCCGGACACGAGAUCUACCCUUGUGAUUGCCGCGCGGCAAGAUGACUUGGUCACCUAUGAGUUUCUGCUACGAGCUGGCGCAAGAAUCGACCCUGCCGAUUACAGAGGCAAGCGAUGGGAACUGUUGGCCAGUUGCCUGUUCAAAUUCCAGCGGCCGGAACCGCUGCGCCUAUAUUUGAAAUUUGGAUCAAAACGAGACAUUCCAUAUUUCCAGAAUGAGCUCGACAGAACCCUCCGCAAGUCAGUAUUCAACCGUGUUGGCGAGAAUACCUGCCGAGCAUGGCUAGAUCUCGGGGCAAACCCCCUCGCCGUUGGUGGAGGCCACGGUACGGAGGGAAGCGGAUCUGCUCUCGCAAUGGCGAUGGUAACAGGUCCAGUUCCUUUGGCACGGUUAAUGAGAACGCGGGCAUCGGCUGAUCUCUCGCUCGCUCAUCUUUAUUCGUUUGUCCACUCGGGUGUAUGCGUUCCCUCGUAUCAUGAAUCGGUGGCAUGUAUAUCCAUCCUUGCUGCCGCACAUAACCUUGCCGAUUCUGGACUACCCGAAAUGAUUGAUUUGUCCUUGGAAGCGCAUGAGAACAUCAACGCGACGGUUGUGUCACAACUUGAACUGCCUGGGCCAAGACAGUGGUACAUAAUGAAUGCUGUGAUGGCAUAUGUGCUCCGAGUCGACUGUGAUAGGGAUCGGGAAGCCGGAAUUCUGUCUCCUUCAGAGGGUCUACAGUAUUUAUUUCACAAAGGGGGUCUUGCUCUCAACACCCACGCCGGCCACCUUGGUGGCUAUCCGACUCUCUCGUUGCUUUGCCUCUUCUGGCAUAAAUGGGAUCGCCUUGACGGUCUGCUCAACAAUGAGGUCUACGCCAUACUACGAAUCCUUGCGCGCAAGAAGGCCGCCUGCGGACUCUUGCUCGGUUUCCUGUCUUCAAUUCGAACUGGGCGUGACAACACGCGGCUCGUCAAGAGCACCAAGCAACACAGUACCAUCACCGAUCGUUGGAGCAGCCUCUUGGAUCUACUGCUCAUAGAGAGGAAUUGCUUUCUUGUAUUCCAGGACGAGGCGAAUAAUCUACUCUUUCGCCUUUUAUUACACACCAUGGAACAGCUUGUUAAACGAGAUAUUGCGCUUAGCGACAUCACAUCGGGAAGUGUCUCGUCGGAUACUGAUUGCUCAACUGAAGACUGUGAGGUGAUAACAAUUCAAAAACUCAUCAACAAGGGAGCCGACAUUAAAUGGACGCCAACAUGGGGCGAGUUCAAGGGCGGUUCUAUACUGCUUUGGAUAGCUCGCCGGUACAUUCGCCACGAAAGCCUCCAUAUGCCCACGGUACAAUAUAACCAGCAACGCUCGUUUGUGAAUACUUUGAUUAGGCUUGGUGCAGACCGUCCUGAGGAUGUUUUGUCGCAACUUCUCUCAGAAAAAGACAUUGUUUACGAUAGAUGGCUCCGAUUCGUUUUUGGCGAGGUUCCAGAGGAAGAGGUUCUUCUGUGGAACUCAAGAGCUGCCCCUUUACUCGGAUGA